AUGGCACCCUCUCCCCAGAAUCCCGCCUUGGAUGUCCCUCCCAAGGACGCCAAGCAGGCGCUGGCGGAGGACAAGUAUGACGACUGCAUGUCUUGCCGCGUGACCGGGUCGGCCGCAUUUAUUGGCCUCGGAGUGUACAGUUACUACACGGGCAUGCAAAAUCUACGGAAGCAGGAGAAGGCCAUUAUGGCUGGCCCAUCAAAGUAUCGAAUGGGUUCACGACAGCUGGGGAUUGCGACCAUCUCGGCCACGCUCGUGGGCAUGGGGCUGUACAGAGCUUUCAAUUAA